GCUGGUGCUCGCCUGCGCGUUCUUCGAAAAGGAUAUUUGCCGUGGGUGCGAGUGGUGCAAUGUUCAGCCAUUGUCUUCCGCGCGCUCGAGCUCAUUAUCCCAUUUGCCGCCUCAUCAGCACCACUGCAAUGAAGUCUUACCUUGCCUCGCUCGCCCUCGCCCUCGUCGCCAUCGUCGCCCUUCCGCAAGCGGACGCGGCGCGUGUCGUCGGGAUGUACUACCCCAACCGCCCCGAGGCUCCCCGCAUCGAAGACGUCCAACUCAAGGCGUCGACCCACGUCUUUUACGCGUUUGUGAUUCCGAACGCGGACGGGUCGCUGCCCACACCCGAAGGCCUCGCGCACUUUGCUCAAGUCGUGCGCUCCAAGGGGGCCAAGCCUGUCCUCAGCAUCGGUGGCGGCGGUCAAAGCGCCAACUUCCCACCGCUCGCAGCGUCUGCCGCUUCUCGCAACACGUUUGUACAGGCCGUGCGCUCGCUUGUGAACAAAUACAACCUCGAAGGCGUCGACAUCGACUGGGAGUUCCCCGACAGCGACAGCGACUUCAACAACUACCGCGUCCUCGCGCAGCAAGUGCGCCAGGCGCUCGGCGCCGGCAAAGUCGUGUCGGCCGCGCUUCCCGGUUGGAUCUCGCGCGACCAGAUGGCGCCGAUCGUCAACGAAAGCCUCGACUUUGUGAACCUCAUGCUCUACGACAACGUGUACAGCAACGACGGUCGCCCGAACGCAGCGCUGAUGGGCGACGACAGCAGCGUCCAGUCGGCGGUCGGCAACUGGCUCGGUGCAGGUGUCCCUGCCAGCAAGCUCGUUGUCGGCGUGCCGUUUUACGGUUACGAAGGCAAGAAGGCAAUCACAUACCGUGACAUCAAGCCGCUCGAGAGCUCCUGGGAAUUCUUCAUGAACGAGGCGUCGUUCACACCGCAGCUCGUCCAGGACGGUCGCACGAUCACGUACGACAACCCGACGUCUAUCACGGCCAAAGCCAAGUUCACCGCGUGCAUGAACCUUCGUGGUGUGUUUGCGUGGGAGGUGACGCAAGACGACGCUGAUGGCAGCCUCCUCAACGCGCUUGGUACUUCGUAUCCGGGCGGGAAUGGCAACUCGGACGCGUGCCUCGAGGAAGCCACGUCCACGUAAACAUCGUGCAACGAGCUAACUACAAUGCAUUCGUUGUUUUAUGUGUCAGUGAAACCAA